AUGCAUCGCUCAUCUAGUCAACGAGUCCAUCCAACUUGGUAUGUGACAAAAAAUGAACCAACGCAGUCGCAGAUUAUCUGUCCAACCCUAACCACUGUUUCCCACGAUCGUAUUUUUAGGUCAGGCUCGUUUGAGCCUCUUCGUUGGUGGUUACAUCAGCCAGACUACCUUUUAGAGGAAACAGUUGUGCAGCCUUUUCAAAAGGCAUGCAAUUCUGUUGCUUCUGUGAAAACUAAAUCCAUUUCACGAUCUCGUCAUUCCGAUUUAUUCGAGCCAUCAGAAGCACGUUAUCCCAGCACUGCCCAUACAUCCAACUCGUCACCUUCGUAUCCCUCCUCGCGCAGUAUUCGCUCGCUGCGUACUGGAAGCUAUACGUCAGUUCCAACCAUCGUCGUGUAUGGAGUGCCUCCAAUUUCUGCUGAAGCAGAAGAACGCCAAGCGCUUCACCAUGUUGUGUUUUCUGCAACUACUUUUCCCAUCAGACUGCCGGAUCCGUCCAUUACUGCCACAUUGCUAUCGCUGAGAUACUCGGACAUUACCCAGUCGAUCCGUGGUAAAAUUUCUUUACUUAUCCCACCCAGCUCAUGCCUGCGUUCCUCACAGCCAUACGACAAUGCAACUGAGGUAUCUAAUCCUUGUAGUGAUACAAACCUUGAUACCAGUAAUGCAACAGCCACUCCUAUACCCAUAACCGACCUGGCAGUUCGUAUUCAAUACCGCAUUGAUGCGACUGUUUCAUCCGAGUCUGUUACUACUGUUUUGGACAGUCAUGUUUCUGCCAGCACAGCAAGUAUACCUAAGCCGCUGAUUUCCACCAAAACGAAAAGCGGCAAUUCCCACUUGCAUCCAGACCAUGCACACACAUGCAUGAUUGACUUUGCGUUUCCUUUUGAAAAAGGGUUCAUUAUGGAUCUUUACACAGCUAUGCGGGCUUCGGGUAUAGACACCACAGUUGACCACUUUGAGUUGGACGGCUGCGUUUCAUUUAUUAUCGACAUCGUGUCAAAGCAAUUACUUCAAGAGCCAGAGCAGCGGCUUAGUCAGGACAGCAAGGAUAGUCGAGCCAAAAGGCUAGACCAGAAAGCAAACUUGAUUAGCGAGGCUAGUAUGGCCACAGUAGAUUUUGAAGUAGAUUUUGUGUUUGCCAAAAAUCCUGUUUUGACAAACUGUGAGCUGCUGACACCUAUAUGA